AUGCCCCCUACUCCAGUCGUCCAGGGUCGCGGUGGAAGACACUUCAAACGAACACUGGCCUCAUACUCGCUAGAAGACCGCGUUUCGGUGGUUACCGGUGGAGCAAGGGGAUUGGGGCUGGUAAUGGGUCAAGCACUGGUAGCAUCCGGCUCGGAUUUGGCGAUUGUGGACUUGAACGUCCAGGAAGCACAGGAACAAGCUAAAAACUUGCUCGAUCAAUUCCAAGCUGAAAAUCCGGGACUUGAUGAAAAGUCGCUGCCCAAAAUCACUGCCCACCAGGCUGACGUUGGCAAUCCGGAAUCCGUAAAUCGCAGCGUUGCAGAGAUCCUCAAGGAGCACGGGCAAAUCGAUCAUUUGGUCACAUCUGCCGGGUUUACGGAAAAUUUUGACGCGGUCUCCUACCCACACGACCGUAUGCAAAGCUUUGGUCGUCAAUGUCGAUGGAUCUACCUCUUCGCUGUCGCUAUGCUAAACAUCUGA